AUGUCCUCACCAGCAACGACCUUGCUUGUAAACGAGUGGGCGCAGUGGCUAAUUUAUUUAAUUAAAAGGACGCUCCGAUCUCACUGGGAAUUCAGAGGGAAGAAGGACGCUGCCAGAGUUAGUAGUACUAAGCUGAACUCCGUGAGAGAAAGAGAUGGAGUGUUCGACAAUGGCAGUUGUCCUUGCUUUCGUCUGCUUCUGACCAUUCUUCUUUUUGCAAUGGCUGGUCGCUGCUCCUCGCAGCAAAUGGAUCAUAUGCAACUCAGCAGAAUUGCAGACUCGAUUGACGACCUCACUCAGAUGUCACAAGCGGUAGCCUUAGAGAAAGUCACCUCAGGAAUCAUGAAAAUGUUCACCUUGAUGGCCACAGAUCAUCUUAUUUGUGAAAGGGGGUUGUUUAAGCUGAGAGCCUCCUGUUACUUCAUUAGUGAAGACACCAGCACUUGGGAAGAGAGCCGUCAAAAGUGUAUAGCCUUGAAUUCUGACUUGGUCAAAAUCACUUAUAACACCGAUUACAAUUUCCUCGGCAAUCUUGCAAAAGGUCACCACACCUACAUAGGGUUGAAGGACCUGCAAGAAGAAGGGACCUACAGAUGGGUUGUAGAUGGCACCAUUCACCAGAUUGCUAAAUCAUGGUGGAGUGAACGUGAGCCAAACAAUGCCAACUCAGGAGAGUACUGUGUCCAUUACCGAUCAACUAAUGAUGGUCUCAAUGAUGUUUCCUGUGACCAGAAGUUCAGGUACAUCUGCGAGAAGCCUUGCUUCUGUGCCAGAUGA